AUGGAGGAGCACACUGAAGCGCACGCUUACAAACCACUGCUUAGUCAAGAGUCCCUAAUUGAUGAAGUCGACUCAGAUUCUGACGAUUUAACUGUCAAGAAGAAACCUGUAAAAAAGGCGUCCGAAGGCUCGCUCUCGCCCCGCGCCGCCCCGUCACCGUCCCCCCGCGCCCCCAACCCCCUCGACUCCUCCAACCCGGGCGACCACCCCAGGCGCUGGUGCCGCCGCGGCGGCUCACCGGCCGGUCCGCCCUGCUCGCCCGCCAGUCCUAGGCCGCCCCCCCUCGCGCCCGUUCCACCACCCGGCCCCGCCCCUGCCCUCCCCCCCCCGCCUGCCGACACCCCUCAGGCGCCCUACCGCCCUGACCCCCUGACCCAGCCCCCGCCCCCCCCCCAUCCGCCCCUGGCGGACUUCCCCCCCCUCCCGGCCUCCAACCCCCCCCCGCAUACCCUGCUGCUUCCGCGCCCCCACGAGACCCCGCCCCCCCUCCGGCUGGGCGCGAUCCCCGACGGGGGGUAUCCCGCGACCUCCCGGUCCCGCACCGUCCGCUCGGACCCGGCACCCAACCCACCUUACCAGUCCCCGCUUGCAGCCCCUGCCCCCCGAUCCCCCCCCCGCGCGUCCCCCCCAGCCGCGCGAACCCCGCACCCCGACAGGUGUGGCGACAGCGCUAGACACGCACCCCACCGGGCCACUGCGGUCGCCCCCCUGGAUCGCCCGUCGUACCACACCAUUCCCCCCCUGGAGCCCCGGCUGCCACCCCCCCGCCUGUUGGCCGGCGCACGCCCACCCGCCACGCACCGGCGCCUCCAACCCCCCCCCGCGUGGAUCUCCCGUCCCUCACGCUGCCCACGCCGACCUGUCCCCCCCCCGCCGCCCCCCACCGCAAUCCCGCCCGUAGGAGGUAACCCCCCCCCUGGCCCACGGGAACCGCUCCCCCCCCCCCAGCAUGCCCGCGCGCCCCCCCUGCCCCUUCCAAGCGCCGGGUUACCCGCAAUCCGCCUACCAGCCCUUGCGCUCGGCCCCCCACCCUCCCCCCCUCACCCUCGCCCCGCCGCCCUCGACUGCAGUGAGAACCCCCGGCCGGGGGGCGAGCCCCCCCGGUGCCCUCUCGCCACCACCCACCGUGUGGCCGUCACCCGUCGCCCCCUUCGCCCCCAGAGUGCACGCUCGGGGCGCACCACAAAUACACCCCCCCACCACAGAAAAACGAAGGCCCCCCCGCGACUGACUGCCCAACACAGCCCCCCUCGCCCCGGAACGCCCGCCCAGCUACCCGGUCCUCCUGUACUGCGGUACCGGUACCGCCCCCCACCGGAGCAGGGAGCGAUCCCCUGCCGCACCCCGAGCCGGCUCCCUCCUCCCCGGGGGGGGCGCGACAGGCCGACCCCGCGGAGGUUCACGCCCCCCGCGCGAUCGCGCCCCGCAUCCGCCUCCCCCGUGGGCCGCCACUGCCGCCCAUCCGCGGCGCUUCCCCGAUGCCCUCCCCUUCGGUGUGGGUGGGGGGGGCGCGCCCCGAUGCCCCGUCGCCCCGGAGCGCGUGUCACUCCGUCCGCAAUCCCCCCUCCCUCGGCGCCUCCGCCCGCCCCGCCUAGCCCGGUCCCCCGCUGGUGCCCCGCGUGGCCCCCCCACCGCGCGCGCCUGCCCCGUCCGCUGAAGCCCGUGAGUCCGGGACCCCUCCCCCCCCCCCGCUCCGCCUCGCCGCGGGGGAGGGGCUCCCGUAAGACUCUCACGGAAACCCCACGUCUGGCCCCCAUCCGGACCACGACACGCGAGCCCCUACCGCCACCGCUACCGCGGCACGUGAAAAAACGCCGCUCCCCCCCCCCCACUACCGGGUUCCCACCGCGCUGCCGCGGCCGGCCCCCGGCGCCCCCAUGGUAUGCGCCCGGGCCGGCCCCGCCCCCACUCCCCCCAGGGCCCGACCGCGCCACGCCCUGCCCCUCGGCCCGCCCCCGCGGGCGACCCAUGGUCACCGCACCCAGGUGUGCCGAGCGCCCCGGCUCGCCGAAACGUGACCCCGCACACGUAAGCACCGCCCCCCCUCGUGCGGCGGGCGGUACGCCCCUCCCCACCCGACCCCCCCCGCUCGCCCUCCCUGCCACCGCUGCGCCUUCCGACCACCCCCUGCGCUCGGCAGGGGCCCGGCCCGGAGGCUCUCGUCCCCGCCUGUUCUGGUGGGGCCCCCCCGCUGGUGGUGGCGUCGGGCCCGUCUGGGCCCGCCGAGGUGCCACGGGCCGACCGGCCGCGCCCCGCGGAGAGGACACACGUGCCGCCGCGCGAGGCUAG